GUUAGGGAGAGAUAGAGAUAGAGAUAGAGAAAGAGAGAAAGAGAGAGAGAGGCGGAGUAAUCUGUGAACUUUUUUUAACGCAAUUUAACACCAUCUCUGGAGCUUCAUUCACAUUCUGACAGCUGGAGAAUCAUCAUGAGACACUUGAGCAACCUGUUCGUGAUAUUAUGGAGUUUGGUGGUGAGCUCAAAUGGGAUCCGAAUGGCGCGAGACGUGUGCAGGGACGACAUGGGGUACUCGUACAACGACAUCUGCUGCCUUAACUGUCCAGCUGGUACUUAUGUUAAAGAGCCAUGCAGCAGAAGAUUUGAGCGAGGCAUGUGUGAGCAGUGCGACUUUGACUUCUACACCGAGCAUGAUAAUGGGCUUUUCAAGUGUUUGGAGUGUACCAAGUGUCACUCAGAUCAAGAGCUUGUGGAGCAGUGCAGCAGUACAAGAAACACUCACUGUCAGUGUAAAGCAGGUUCCUUCUGUCCGCCAGAUCAACCCUGUGAGAUCUGCAAGACGUGCAGGAAAUGCAAAGAAGAUGAAGAGAUUGUGAAGAGCUGCACACCCCUUUCGAACACCAUCUGUCAAAAAAGAGGCUCCGUCUCUGCUACGACGUCGACAAAUACCCACGCAGUGAUCUCAAUUGUAUCCUUCAUCGUGAUCGUGAUCGUGAUCAUCUUGUUAUUCUGGUACUGGAGAAAAUCAGCUGGAGUGGCAUUGAAAGGAAAGUGGAAAAUGUGCAGAGAAAAUGGCAGCGAUUCGGUUGAGACGAGGCAUAAUAACCACAAUGAUGACCUGGAGAACGGAGAACACGAGUCCUGCCCCGUUCUCACAGUGGGUGAAAACAUGAUAGAUGAUGAGGAGGAUAAAGGGCUCGGCCCAAGCCUCCCCAACACUACAGCUUCAUCCCAAGCCAGCCUGUCUGUGUUUGCCCCUCAGAGCGAGUUUUGCCACAGCCACUCACUGCUUCAGCAGCUUAACACUCUGGAAAGUGAAAAAGUACGAAGGCUUGUUCCUUUAAAUGGAGAUGAUUCUCUGAGGAAGUGCUUCGACAUGUUCGGAGAUAUAGACGUGACCUUUCACAAGCGCUUCUUCAGGAUCCUAGGCGUGAGCGACAACUCCAUAAGGACGGUCGAGGGGUCUCACUUUUUACCAGAGGACAGGGUGUACGAGCUGCUGAAAGUGUGGAGGGAGAAAGAAGGCAUGAAGGCAGAUUUUAACACCCUCAUCCAGGCCCUGCUGAAUCUGGACCAAAAGCUGUCGGCAGAGUGCAUCAUCGCAAAAGCCAUCGAUGGACGCCACUUCAGAUACGAGGAAGACUGAACAAAUGCAUAAGAACCGCAUCCCAUUAUCGCUUAUGGAUUCCUGACGUUUGUUUUUUUCAUUCAAGCUCUAUUGGGAGAUCGAACUGAGUGUUAUUUAUUACUUUUUGUACAUUUAUUUAUUUAAAUAAUAUAUAUAAAAACACAUGAAUUCUGAAUAUCGGUGUUGGUUGUCUGAUAUUGAUAUUCAUCUGUUCUAUUUGCUUUUUUCUACUUUUGUAUUACGUAAUAGAAUUAAAUGCCUUGUUUGCUAA